UAGAAUUUCAUGCGAUACCGCCCAUGAUGAUAAGUCAGAAUCUCAGUCCUUUCUCCUAUGCCACAAGAGCUAUAAAAAUUAAAAUAUCAGUCAAUUUCUUCACCCCAAGAAGUUGAAAAGGCCAGCCACAAAAACUGAAGUCAUCGAUCGAAGCAUCAAUCUCUCCGGUUUGAUCCGAUUCAAUUCAAUUCUCUGUGCCUCCGAAAGAGUCAACAGGACAAAGGGUAGCAAGCAAAAUGAGCCCUGUCUCGUCCCUUCGUUUCCUUCUCCUCCUCCUCCUGCAGACGGCCAUAGCCAUGGAACUCCGGCCUGGUUACUACGCCGAGACUUGCCCGAGAGCCGAAGCCGUGGUGAGGGAGGUGAUGAAGAAGGCCCUGAUUAGAGAGCCCCGGAGCGUCGCCUCCGUCAUGCGCUUCCAGUUCCACGACUGCUUCGUCAACGGUUGUGAUGGGUCUCUGCUUCUGGACGACACGCCCACCAUGGUCGGAGAGAAAGAGGCUCUGUCCAACAUCAACUCGCUGCAGUCGUUCGAGGUCAUCGACGAAGCCAAGGACGCGUUAGAGAAGGCCUGCCCCGGCGUCGUCUCCUGCGCCGACGUCGUCGUCGUGGCGGCUCGAGACGCGGUAGCCCUGACCGGCGGGCCUGAUUGGGAAGUGAAGCUGGGGAGGAAGGACAGCCUGACUGCCAACCAGGAGGACUCAAACGAUAUAAUGCCGAGCCCAAGGGCCAACGCGAGCUCCCUCGUCGAUCUGUUUGCCAAGUACAAUCUCUCUGUCAAGGACCUGGUGGCCCUUUCCGGGUCUCACUCCAUCGGGCAGGCCCGGUGCUUCUCGGUCAUGUUCCGACUCUACAAUCAGUCCGGGACAGGCAGGCCGGACCCUGCACUCGACCCGGGGUUCCGGGACGAGCUCUACAAGCUCUGCCCGCAGGGCGGCGACGAGAACGUGACCGGGGAUCUGGACUCCACGCCACGGGAGUUCGAUAACCGGUACUUCAAGGACUUGGUCGCAGGCAGAGGGUUCCUGAAUUCGGACCAGACGUUGUUCACGUUCCCACGGACGAGGGCAUACGUGCAGAAGUUCAGUAGAGACCAGGACGAGUUCUUCAGGGCUUUCGUCGAGGGGAUGAUAAAGAUGGGGGAUCUGGUGUCGGACCGGCCCGGCGAGAUCAGGAGGAAUUGCCGGGUGGUGAAUAGCCGCCGGCCUGUGGAGGUCUUGUUGGAAUCUUGAAGGGAUUUGAUUGAGCAAAGUUCAUUGCAAUGACGAGAACAUAUUGUAUAAAGAUUUGAGCAGGGGAUUAAAGAAACAGUCUGGCAAGUA